AUGUCCAAUGUUACCAUCAUGCUACUGGACGCUUUAAACUGUCUGACGCUGUCUUUUUCAGAAAUUACGAGGAUCCAGCGAGGAAGAACGUGGACAUUCACGUGCCCUGACGUUGAUGAGUACGAGAGGUUCAUUGUGACGUGGACACUGGACAACGCGAUUUGGUUGAAAAUGGACAAUGGUAUUCCGAAAAUCACGCAGAAACUGACGUCUCAAUUAGAAACGACAGAACAGAGGCCCCAUGUUGUCCACGUCACCGCCAACGACUGUCGGUACCACUUCUACUACGACGACGAAAAGCCGGAAUUCCGCAUGGAGAUCAUCGACGCGAGGGAGGAAGACAGCGGCGUUUGGGCGUGCUACCUAGCACUGUACAAGACUGAAGGCCAAGCUACAGAACUGCUGAUCGACUACAACCUAGUAGUGGGAAAUUACAAUCCCAUGAUCUUUAUUGACGAUGUAGAGGACGCGCUGAAGCCCGCUACGGAGGUUCUCAUAUCGACGAUCAACUCCACAGCAACAAUGCUGAGGCUUAGGAAUCAUCCGGUAAAAUCGUCGUAUUACCGGUUUGAACUGAAUCGCAAAUCAGUUUCAGUCCAUACCAGUAAGGAAAGAAUACUUCGAGAUGGCAGCAUAAAAAUUCAGUCGACAAGAAACAAAAAUCAUGGUAAGUACGGAACAAGAAACGAAAACACUAAUGUAUGA